AUGGGCAAUAAUAUUAAUUCAAUUACUUAUGAACAAUCAAAUAAUGAAGUUAGCGAGUUAGAUAAGCUAUAUUUACAGCUGGGAAACAAUAUUGGAAAAAAGGAUGAAAAUAUCCACAUAAAAGAAAUAUUAAAAUACUUUGUAGAAAAUAAUUAUGGUCUAAAUUAUGAUCAAAUUGAGGCUUGGUGGAGAAAGCGCGAACAACUAUUUUUGAAUGUUGAUGAAUUAAUAUGGAGUAACCCAAUAUUGUUUGAUGACUCACUUUGUAAAUUUAAUUCCGGAAUUGAAGAGAUGAAAAAUUUUGUAAUGACAUCGAAUAUAAGAAAUAAAAUUCUCAAGUACUUAAAAAAAUUAAAUUGCAUCGUUGAUGAUGAAUUUUCGAUCAUAGGUAAUUUUAAUUGGGAAGAAUAUGUUGGCAUUAGAUUACAAUGCUAUACUAAUUUUAUUAUUACAUUUAGAAAACUUCAGCUUAAAUUAUUGAAUGACAAAAACAACGAUUUGGAACUAAAUAAAUUAUUAUCUAAUAACAAUUUACUUGAAGGAGACGUACUUUUUUUAAUUAGAAAAACUUUAAAUAACUUUGGAAAUUUGGAAACCUGUGAGAAAAUCAAUGAAAUUAUUUUAAAAAAAAAAUUAUCCAAUGAAUAUACAGAAACAAAACCAAAUUUACCGUUUGAGCAAGGUAUUUCAAACCAUAUUCUAAAUUGUAUAACAUUUCCUAAAUCACUGGAUGAAAUAUAUAAAAAAAAUGUUUCUUCAAACUCUGAAAUUGUAAUAUUCGUCAGAUGUAUCCUUGGAUAUAUUUGGAGCUAUUAUAAAGCAGCAUUAUUAUCUGAUGAGUCUACUUGCACAGAAAUUUUUUUAAAUGUAGAUAAUUUAUUUCCUAAAGAAGUCUUAGAUACUUUUACAGAUAAGAAUACUAUGUUAUCCUUAACUGAAACAAUAAAAUCCUUAAUAUUAAAUAUAACUUUCAAUUCAUUAAUUAGUGAAUCUCAAGAAAAUUAUUAUUUAUUAGAAGAUUUAAUUGAAAUAAUAUUACAGUUCGGAAACAAUAUUUUAUCAUCAGUUUGUGGAAAUGAAAAGUUAAUAAAUAACUAUUGCAUAUUUGAAAGUGAUAAAGUAAUCAAUCCUAAUUUAGACAAUAAAAACUUGAUAUUGAAAAUUUUUGAGAAUAUGUUUGUUGAAGAUGGCAUUUUCUUUAGUAUUAUCAAAACCUGUUUGAUUAUUAUUUCGAUUUUAACUACUGGAGUUAAUUUUCUAGCAAAAUAUGGCUCAAAUGACCCUGAAUCUUAUAUAAAUUUAAAUGAAACUGUAAAAAAUCAAGAAAUUAAUCCUAAAAAGAGAACAUAUUUUUCGCAGGAGGACAUAUACAUUAUUAAAAUAAUUAUGAGGAUGGUUAGCAAGUGUAUUCAUUUAAUGCAACAAUUAUGGAAAUUUUGUUCACUUUUAUCUAUUGAAAUGAACUCUUUCGAUUACACUAAUUUAAUAAGAGAGGAAUUAUAUUGUUAUGGCCCUAUGCAAUUUCAUUCCAAUCCCAGAAAUACCUUCAUUGUUGAGUACCAUGAAAAACAUUCCCCAAUUGGUAUUGUAACUGAUUUGCGAAAUCAGCUUGAUAAAGCGCUAGAAUUGGAGGUUUUAGAAAAACACAAAUAUUAUUGGAAAUUAUUAGAGGUUCAUAAUGCUUCUCAUAUAAUUAUAAUAUUCGAUAAUAACUGCUCUACAGAAAAUACAGAUAUUUUGGAAAUUUUUGGGUCAAGGGAAAAGUAUAUAAGUUAUAAAGAGAUUAAUGAUUUUAAUUUUUUAAGAUCAAAAUAUACUGAAUCUUUGUUUGGAAAGCUUUCUGGGUCUAAACAUACAUGGCCAAAAAAACCUAUUAUUUAUGAAGGAAAUACUCUUUUGGUUGUUUUUCGCAAAUCCUUAAGAUCCUUAAAUCAAAUGAGUGAUAAUUUUUGGGGGUUUCGAAUUUAUUUCCAAUGCCAUUAUUGGGUUCAAGUAAUUGAAAAAAAAAUACAUCAUGACAUAUCUGAUGAUCCAACAAAAUUACAGCAUAGAGAAAUAUUAACAUGUAAUUUGAAAGAAGUAUUUAUCUUUUCGGUUGCUGCAGUUACAUCGAGUUUAAGUUUUAUGUUACGUGGUCCAAAAAAUAGUAGAAUUGAAAACGACUUCGCUGGAAUAUUGGAUUCUCUACUUUUUGUUGGUGGAUUGUCUGUUGACUACAAUAGCAACGGCCAAGAAUAUUCAUAUUUUUUUUCUAAAUCAAAAAAAAGUGACGAAAAACUUAUGAAUAUUGGAAAAAAAAACUCAAUAUCUUAUACUGACUUCAAUACUUUUUCAAAGAAAUUAAUCUAUUCGAAGAAUAGCAAAAAUGGCUGUAAAUUGAACAGUAAGAUAAUUCAGGACAAAAAAAUAAACAAUGAUAUAUUUUAUAGAUUGUUACCCAAUAUAGAUGAUAUUGAGUAUCAAAUCAUAAAUAAUUUGCAAUGGGGUCUCAUAGCCAACUUUAUUUUAAGUUUUUCAUCCAUUAUUCACUACAAUGCCAGAAAAAAUCACUUAGCUCUAUCAACUGAAUUAAUAAACGACAAAACCUUCAUCAAUGUUGUAAGAAAUGAUUUUAUAGCUGCGAAGAUUGGCAAUGAAAAACUUUCAUCGGUUGUAAGAGGGUAUAUAUGUUGUUAUUUACAUCAUCUAGGACUUUAUUUCAACAUCUUUCAAUUGUGUGAGAAUCUAAUGAACUUAGGUGUUGAUUUAAAAAAAAUAAUUCAAUUAAUUUCGGAAAGUCCAUUGGAAAAUAAUAUUCAACAUAUUAACAACCAUCUUUUAUUUGAAUUUACAAUAAAAUUUGUUUUGAAACAGGAAUUCUGCCGACCUCUUUUAAAUAUUUGGACUUUAGGUAGAAAAUUUCGUUCUUGGAUGAUUUUAGAGAGGCAUAAGGCCGAAAUUCAUCAAUCCGAGGAAAACAAAAUAGAUGAAUCUAUUAAUGGUUUUGAAACCAGUUUUGAUUUUUUGCUCAAGUCUAUAAAUUAUAAAAUCUCCUUAAUUCUAAAUUUAAUACCUUUUUCUGGAAGCAAACACCCUGGAAUUUGCUUAAAAAAUAACUAUAAUUCAAAUGGAAAAAAAGAGUGUAUGCAAGCUUUAUUUCAAAAAGAUUUAUGUAACCAUUUUGAUAUUAAUGGUUCUAAAUAUAUAUAUUACUCUAAUAGAAAUAUUUCUCUUGUGUUAGAAUCAAUUAUUGGUUUUAAUAAAUAUGAAUCAUUUUUAAAUAAAUACCAGGAAGAAAUGCCGGAAACUUCAAUAAAUAUUGAAAACAAUCAAGAUUCAAACGAAGAUAUCAAUUUAAGUAUUUUAGAUGAUACUGAAUUGGAACAAUUAAAUAUUGAUCAAGUAAUUAAAAAUAUUUGUAAUGGAAUUGACAAUUUAAUUAAAACACCAAACCACUUAAAAAAUACUGAUUAUAACGAGUGUGUAGAAAACCUUAUUGGAAUUAAUAUUGUGUUAGGCAUUAGAAGAAUUCGUGCAAUUUCACGUUUCGAGGCAUUCCGAAUAUUGGAAUCAUUAAUAAAUGACGAGAACAGCAAUGAAUUUCUUCUUACUUCAUUAAUAAAAAGUAUAAGAUCCAUGGGGAAGGAGACACCAUACCUUUUUCCAAUAAAUAAUAACAGUGAAAUGGAAACACUGGGAUUUUGUACACCCAAUCAUUUCUAUUUCCCCAAUGAAUACUACAAUAAAAACAAAACUAAUCAUACUCUGGAGGUUCAUUAUUCUGAUUAUUUGGUGGGAUGUGGUAAAAAAAUACAAAAACAGGUGAAAGAUGCCUUUUACAAAUUCUUGUACUCAUUAAUAAAUGGUAAAAGAGUAUUUCCAAUAGGAAUUGAGAUAUUAAAAAUGAGUUUGUUUGCAUAUUUUUCAUUAAAAAAAACGGACAGUAAUGAUUUUUUUAAAACCAAUUUUCCAGCUAAGAUCUUAAACUUAUUAACUGGUUGUAACAAGAAUUGCGAAUUAGGAAGUGAGUGUAUACCCUCAGUCUCAAUUACUCCUUAUCCAAUAUUUCUAAUUUAUUCAAUAAUAUGUUUAAAAUGUUCUGUACUAGAGAACUCAGUAAUUAGGCUAUCUUUAAUAUUUUCUUCAUUCGUUGGGCUUUCCCACUCUAUUUCUAUUUCUGGUCAAUUUAAAGGUCAAUUAACAGUUAGGGAACUUUGGAAAAUUUGCGAGAUUUACUUUAUGGGAAAUAUAUUGAUACUAACAUCCAAGAUGAAUAACUCACUGAAAAAUAUUGAAAUUACAAAAAUAGAACAAAGAAUAUAUUUGGAAAAUAUAAAAUAUAUUUUUAAUCGAAGAAAUAACGUUAACUCUUCAAUACAAUCUUGUAAAGUAAUUGACGAUUUAUUUAUACAGUUUUUUUAUAUUCGGGAAAGUAUUCUCUCGAACAUAAUUUGCAGAGCCUUAGAAUCGAGUAAUCAAAUAUUACAUCUUUACUGUAUCAAAUUUUUAUGGAAAUUUCUUCCAUUAUUUUCAACAGAAGAUUUCUUGAAACAAUACUCAGAUCGACUAAUUCCUAAACAGUACCUAUUUAGGGCUGAAAUAACCGGUAAAUUGAACUAUAUUGAGUGCUUUGAAGGUUAUUUGGAAAAAAUAGGUCAAUCAUUGAUUCUAUUUGAUAGCUUUGAAACGAAAGAAUCUAAAAUUUAUCCACCGGCAUUAUUGAUUAAUUCUUCAGAAAGUGGAACAGUAGAUUUAUUAAAUAAUCAACAGGGGCAUUCGUUUGACAAUACUAAUAGACUGAUAAGUAAUCAUGACGAUUUUUAUAAAUAUUUCAUAUUUUUACUGAGAUAUAUUGUAUUAUAUUCAGAAAAAAGUGAAAAGAUUAAGCAAAAAAUCAAACUUAAAAGAAAUUCAGAACUAGUACACUACGGAUUCAUUAAAUUAUUAUGUGAGCAAAUAUAUAAAAUUCCUUCUUUGUUGGAUUCAUUGUUCAGUGUAUAUGAACAUAUAAGAUGGGAAGAAGUUUACAAAUGUAUUGGGACGCUUGCCGUAAUAAUAGAAGAAUAUGACUUUGAAACUUAUAUUGGAAAAUUAGUGUAUUUUCAAGAAAACCAACUAAUUGAAAAUAAGAAUAAAAUCUGGAAAGUGGGGAUGCUAAUUUCUAAUAAUCCACUUAGAAAAGAGUACUCUAUUCUAAUUAAUGAAUGUAAAUCAACCCAAGUAAAAAAAUAUUCUUAUAAAUCCAUAAACAUAUUGGACAAAGGAAAUAUAUCUUUCCCUGUGAAAUUUAUGAUUUCAAAAUUAAAUUUUGACAUAAUAAAAAUAAUAAUAAGAAUAUUAGAAAUAGUAUUUCAGCAUUUAUCAAAUUUAAAUGCAAAUAUUGAUAACUUGGAAAAAUAUUUUUCGAUAAUAGUUGAGGAACACACUGCCAUCAUUUCAAAUUUUGAGAAAAAAAAGUUAAUUGGUUUACAAAUUAUUUCGAUGAGUAUGAGUUUUAUUAACAUUUUACUUAAAAACAACUAUAUUUCUAUGUUGGAAUUCAAUAAUGGUCGAAAUAUUGACCAGUUAAUUGAAUUAUUAAAUAUUUUAUUUAAAAUUGGGACGAUUAAUAUCCCAACAAUUAAUGAAAAAGCUAAUGGACUAUCAAACAUUAUUUCGAUAAUUUUAAGUAGAAGGUUUAUUCAACAUAUUUCUCAUAAAGAUAAAUUUGCAGUUUCAAGUUACUAUCCGAUAUUUAAAAAAUCUACACAAGCUGAUAUAUUGUGUAAUUCACCUUAUAGAAACAUUAUGUUAAAUCUUCCAACAAAAUGGGAAAUUAAAAACAACUGCUUUUAUUACAAAGGUGAAAGUACGUUAAUUUGCAAUAUAAAUGAUCAUCUACCUCAAGAUAUAGGAAAAUCAGCUAUGUUUACUGCAAAUUUUGGUAUUCCAACGUCACUUUCUUUUUAUUAUUUUGAAUUUAAUUUUGAGUUUAGUAAUGAACUGCCAACAAAUAUUAAAUUCAAAGCAAAUUCUUCUUUUUUGAAUGAAUUUGAUUUACCAUUCUACAUAAGCAUUGGACUAUAUAGAGAUGGUUGCCAAAAGGGAAUUUCCGGAUCAUUCGGUAGUUAUGCAUACAGAAGCACCGGAGAACUUAUACACAGUUGUAAUGAAAACGAAUUUAGUAAAUUUAGAGUUGAAGACUUUAACAUUGGUGAUACUGUUGGUUGUGGGAUUGAUUUUUUAAAUCAAAUUGCAUUUUUUACAAAAAAUGGUAGAAUAAUUCGUUGUGAGAAUAAAAAACACACUGCAAUGGAGAAAUCUCCCUGCAACAAUAAGGAUUGCUAUUCAGCAUUUGAUAACGUAAUGGGGCAUUUCAAACCUGCUAUUUGGAUUGAAAAAUCUAACCCCAUUUUCCAUGAAAACAAAUAUUUAAUUGUUAAUGGAAAUUUUGGUCAGGAAUUGUUCAAGUAUGAAUAUAUUAACAAGCUCAGUUUUAACAAUAUACUUUCUUUGGAAAAUGAAGAAUUAUCAAUUUUUAGAGAUAAUUUUGGAAAAUUUAAACUUGAUAAUUACGGAUAUCAUAAAUAUAAUGAAUUGAAUGAAGCGGAACUAAAUAGAAUAACUAUGGCAUUUGAGUUGCAAGAAAUAAUGAGCAGUAUUAAUAUUCCAUUUUCUGUUUAUAUUCAUGCAUUAGAAAACUGCGAAGAUAAUUUAGACUUAUCAGCAAAUUGGCUUUUAGAACAUGGAUUUCAGGAUUUAGGUUCAACACCGAUGCAAAAUAAAUCUGUUACUCAUCCAGGAUCAAUAAAUGGUGGGAAAAAAACUCAUAUGGAUGAGAUUGAAUACAUUAAUUAUGCAGAUCAUUUUGGAGAAGAGCAUUUAAUUGAUAGAUUAAUUAGUUUAAGAAACGAAGGUACCAAAUGUAACUCUAGUGAAUAUUCUGGGUUAAUUAAUAAUUUGAUUUUCAGUAAAUCUUAUGGAGAUUUACAUUCAAAUAAAAAUAUAUAUUUUGACAUUUCAAAGUACUUUCUUAUAUUUGGCCCAUUUGGAGAAAAGAAUCUUCAUAGGUUUAAAAGUUGUAUUUUAAACAGUAGUUAUUCAAAUACCGAAAAUAUAUACAAUUCUCUUUCAAGUAAUAUUUGGUUUAAUUCAAAAUAUGAUUUUCAAGGAUAUGAAAAAGAAAUUUCUCUAAGCGAAGAUCUAGAACGUGAAUUAUCGAAUUUAUCAUUUCAAAAAUUUGAGAAAAAGCCUUUUUCAGGAACAGCUCUUUCUGAGGAAGCCAAACAUAUUUCUUUUUUCCCUGGAACGAUUGUUGGCAUUGUACCAGAUAUUAAGUAUUGGAUAAGUGGUGUUGAAAAAAACCAAUAUUCUGGUGCAGAAAACACUUUAAUAAAUAAACUUGGUACUAUUAUUGAUUUAAAUAGUUCACCAAAGUGUAGAGUUAUAUAUUUUUUAAGAAGACUUUCUAAAUUGACAGGGGUUGUUUGGUUAUGCAAUAAAGUUACAAAUUCAACAUUAGUACAGUUUUUUGAUUAUUAUUCUCUUGUUUAUUAUCUCGUAAAUUUGCCAUCAAAUUUCUUGAUUGAAACAAACAAUAAUAUUAGACUUAGCGAUGAACAGAUGAACAUUAGUUCACGAAUAAACGUUAAGUCACUCCAAGAAUAUAUUGAACAUAUUUUUUUAUCUGAAAUUCAUAACCGAAGUGGUAAAACAUUUUUUUGUGGCAAAUUAACUCAAAUAUUUCAUUUAUACUUUAAAUCAGAGUUUCUUAAAUGUAUAAAAUCGACUAGAGAUACAAUAUCAGGGAGUUUAAAUCAAUUUAAAAAAUAUUUAAUUACUCAGUGCGAUAAUAAAAAUUUAAAUUCACUUCACAAUAUUCUCCAAAUUUUUAAACUGGUUUUUGGUCGUAAAGGCCCUAAAAUUUUAGAUUAUUUUGUCCCUAUGUAUUCAAAAGAAGAAAAAGAGGUAUUUUCUAUAUAUUAUAAAAAUUUAAUUAAUGAAGAAUACAUGAAUGGCUAUAUUAGAUUUUUAAAGGCGAUUUCAGAAAAAGAAACUAUCAAAUUUACUGACAUUAUACUUAAUGAGUAUAUUUCAACUAUUAGAACCAGUGUUUAUUCCGAAGUUCCAAUAAUCACAAUCGAAACUAGCCAUCCAUACGAGUGUGUGAUGGAUAAAAAAUAUGAUAUUUCAUUUAAAGAUUGUAACUUUUUUUUUGCAAUAUUUGAUCCACUUUGCGAAAUCAAUUUCGACAAUUUUUCAUUCUUAAAAAUUAUUAUCAAUGACAGCAUAAAUGGAAGAAAAAUCACCUUGUUGAAAAGUAAUGGUAGAGGACUAAGUGGAUAUAAACUGUUUAUACCAACAAAUUUUUUUAGUGUUCAUUUGGUAACUUCUCAAAAUAACGAAAUGUAUGGCAUUAAAGCUCAUUUUAUUCCAAUAAAAUAUUCAUUAAAUGAUUUCAAAAUUCUUGAAAAUAAAAAUAUUCAUUUUUCAUAUGUUUUAUUGGAUAUGAUUUUCGUAAAUAUAGGUAAUAAUAUUGAUUUAUCUCAUGUCGAAAAAAUUGUGGAGAUUUUGUUGUCAAUUCUGUUUGAAAUACAUAUUCCCAAACAUAUUUAUAAAGACAGGCCGAUAACAGAAGAACAACUGUCGUCGUUUAUUCCUAGAAAUCAAAAAUUUAUUCCGAUACAAAAUUCUUUUGUUCAUAUAGUUCAACAACUGAUAAGUAUUUUUAUUAAGUAUCCAAGAGUUACAAAUCGUAUUUCUCAAAAGAGUAUCGUUAUAUUGGACUACUUAAACGUAUUCUCCAACAUAGUUUAUUCUAUGCAAAUGGAUCAAUUACAUAUUGUGACAAACCAUGGUCUGAAUGUUAACACUAAAUAUUGUAUAAUGCUGCAAUUGCACUAUUUAUCAUUUUUCUAUAAGAACUACGAUGUGAUUUUUUCAGAUAAUAAGAAAUUUUCUCAAGAGUCAUAUUUUACAGAUCUAAUAAAUAUUCCCUACUCAAAAUUAUCUCUGGAAUUACAAAUACAGCAUAAUCUCAUAGCAGAGUUAAAUUUGGUAUUACAUGACUCAAAUAUUAAAUAUUAUUACACAAAUAAGAAUUCUAUAUCUAAAUUUCCUGAAAGAAAAAUUUUUCCUUUAAAAAAACUCAAUAUGAAUCAUAAAGAAUCAAUUUCAACUUUUUUUCUGAAUGGUGACUUGAAAACACAUAAGAUGUUAAUUUCAGGAAAAAAAUCUAUUUUCAGUUUUUGUCCUUGGUACAAUAUUAUUUCAACAUCUAAUAUUUCGAUUCCAGCAUUUAUUUCUUCAUUAACUCACAUGUAUUCAGAAAAAUAUGAAACCAAGAAUAAAAAUUUGUCUUUAAAAGAUUUAUAUCGAAAUACGGAAACUGAUAGUUAUUAUUUACCAGAAUUGGAGAAAUGGAAUAAUCACUCUUGUUUUUAUGAACCUAAUACGCCAUUGGUACUUGUCGAGAAACUUAGUGAAAUACAAAUAUCGAUAACAAGUGCAAUAAUAAUUAUUCCUUUUGAUUCAAUGAAUUUUAACCAAAAUUCUAAUUUUUCAAUUGAUAUUACACAAUUCAUUAAAGAGAUCUUGGAAUAUAUGGAUGGUAAAUUGUUAUUAUUAGCUAAAAAUAGAUUGCUUUGGCUCAACAACCAAACUUUAAAAAAUCAAUUAAGUCAUUAUAGUGAGCCAUUGAAAAUAUUGAAUAACCCAAUAUUAAUAAAUUAUUCUUUAAAAAGAGUUCUUACAAAUGAAGUUAUUGUUUCAAGAAGCAUUACUUAUAAUUACAAUGAUUUGGUUGUUUUGACAAAUUCAGCAUUGAAUGAUACUCAGGAUAGAGUUAAACUAUUAUGGGAUAUAUUGGCUCAUUUAAAAAACAAGGGUGACUCAGAGUUCCUACCAAAAAAUUUGAGUCCCUGGAUGGAAGGUUGGGAGGAUAAAUUUAUUUCGUCCAAAGUAAAAGAUGAAGAUGAUAGUUUUGAUCCUCGAAAUUAUUUAGAAUACCUGAAUAUAUAUUGGUUCAAGACCAUCAAAAAAGAAAACAUGGCAACUUAUUUGAAACACAAUAACAAGAAAGCGAAUUACAAUUCACUAUUUGAAUCUCCAUCAAUUCAAUUAAUGAGAGAGUUUCUAGUUAAAUCAUAUUCGGAGGGUAUUUUCCAAAUGAAAUAUUGGCCAGUUUUUAUUGGUACAAUUCCAAUUUGUGAUUUGGAAGUAAUUGAUAACAAUUUUAAUUACCCAGUAAAUAAUCGUAAAAAAUAUAUCGAAAAUGAAUUAAUUUGUGAUUCAAAUGCAUUUGUUUCAAAUUUAAGAGAAAUGAAUGCUCCAUGUAGCAUUUCAUUUUGGUUAUUUCCGAUUAAUCUCGAUAAAUAUCAAUAUACAUUUUCAAUUUCAAAUAAUAAAAAAUUUGAGAAUUUUACCAGUAAGAUGAAUUUGGAUUUUGAAACAUACAACUUAUCUGAAAAAAAUAUUUCCGAAUAUUUAAAUGGAGAUAAGAAAUGGAAAUUAAUUGCAUAUAGGGGAGUUACGGUUUCAACCAUUUCAUUCUGGAUAACAGAAUUGGGGAACUUAGGUAUAAUAAUUAACUCACCAAAUAAAAAUUAUCCAUUGAAUUUAAUACUGAAUAACCAAACAACUCAUUACCAUAACCAAGUUGUUGGAACCUCAUUUUCAUCGUUUAUUCAGAAUAAGUCAUCGGCCAUUGAAUAUCAAACUACAAUUAUAAUAUCAAAUCGAAAAAUUAUUUUUGAUCAGUGGAAUCAUAUUACAGUUACUAUUGGUUCAAAUAAAACUGAAAAAUUUCCUAAUUCUAGGUUAGAUGAUAGUUAUACUAUAAAACUAUAUAUUAAUGGACUAUUUGACGAAAGCAAAAAUAUUCCGUCAGCAAAUCUUCCCUUAUUAGGUGGCGAUUUACCUUGGAUUAUUGGUUAUCCUGAUUAUUUAAGAACAGAUAAUUUGCCUGAUAAGAAUGUUUUUCAAAGUUUUGAAGAUGACUCAUUUGUAAACUCUGUGCCCAAUAUAUUUUUGGGUCAAGAUAUUGGUUCAUCUAAAUUAUUAAGGUACUUAGGGCCGAAUAACAAGUAUUUAAAUUUGGCAACGGGUGAGCCUUUAUUUGGACUAAUAGCAAACUUUAUUGUAAUACACUUUGAAUGGGAAUUAGAAAACAUUCAUGAUUAUAUUAAAAAUACAUUUGAUGAAAUAUUGUUUCAAGAUCAAUUAGAUGAAGUAAAUAGCUCAGAAAAUUUAUUAGACAAUCAUUCAAAUUCCAAAAUUCCAAAAAUAUCAUCAUAUUCAAAGUUUCGCAAUGCCUCUAAGUACUCAAAAAGUCUCCUUCAUGUAUUUUCUAAUAACUGGAAAAAUAAACCAAUUGUUUCUCACUUUAAUAAUAUUUGGCAGCACGAAUAUAACAACAUUAAAAUUAAUUUAGACAAAAAAAUUAAAACUGAGGAAAUUAGAAAGGAAGAAAUGUUAAAUAUAUCGAUUCCAAAAAUUAGAAUGCACAGUAAUGUUCUUAAUAGAAACAAAAUACGUGCCAAAUUGGAUAUUAUUGUAUUGGAAAAACUUGAAAUUAUUGAUUACAAGGAGUCUGUUAAAAGUAAUAACCAAAAUAAAAAGAAUAAUUCGGACUUAUGUUCAUGCAAAGAUUCUCCAAUUGACACAAUAAUUAUCAUUUCUAACCAUAAUUUUGAAGAUUCAGUAUUUGUGUUUAGAUUAAAGUAUCUAAACAAUAUAUUUAGUGAUUUGGCACUAAGUAAAUUGAAAAAAGAGUUAGAUACCGUAUUUGAAAAAGAAUCCAGAACUUCGAAUUAUGACUCAUAUUCAAAUAGUACAAAUUUGAACUUGCUUAAUAUUUUGCAUGAUAUUUACUCUAGCCAUCAGAUAAUAAAAAAAUUUGAAAACUAUGGAAGUUUUGAUAAUAAAAAUAAUAAUAUAUUAUUUCGAAAAGCCAAAUGUAACGAAUAUAUUGAAGAUGAAGAAAAUCUAGAAUUAGAAGAAUUUAAAAGUUUGCAAUAUAAGAAAAUAUCAAAUCAAGAAAUGCAAGAAAUCAUACCUUCAGUUAAUGAUUACAUCGUUUUUUUAUUCAAUGAAAUAAAACUUCCGGAAAAAAUUUUUCCAAUACCUAGUGAUAUAAAUCAGUCUUUAUUUGAAGAAAAAGUUGGCUGCACAAAUUGUAAAGUUACAGUUCUUAACUUUUUAAGCAUUUGCAAUACCAUUUUAAAAAGGAUUUCAGUGUUGUUUGUUUCAAUUUUUAGUUUUAUUGAUGUAUUUUCACCUAGACCAAGCAUUUUCAAAUACUCUUGGUUAGAAAUGAUCAGAAAGUAUUUGAGUUUAUCAUUAAAAGAAGUGUUAAUUAACUUAUGUCUUGCAAUAACAGAAGAUCCAAAGGCAGAUGGUAAAAUCAGAGUAGCUAUUAAUAGAACCAAAUCUAUGUUAAAAAAUGAAACCAAAAAUUUAGGUGAUCAGUUUGUACUAAAUAGCGUAUUUGGUCAACUCUAUACUAUACUUGAAAAAGUGCCUGUUUACAGAUUUCGUUGCAAGAAAAGACCUUGGUAUGUUAUUUAUGAGGGUGAGGGUGGAAUAGACGCAGGUGGAAUAUAUCGAGAUUUAUUAAGCCACAUUUGUCUAGAGCUUCAAAGUAAUAGAUUACCUUUAUUUGUUGUUUGCCCAAAUUCAUAUGGGUGUGGAGAAAAUCAGUAUUUCUUUGUUCCAAAUCCAAGUCUUGGGAAAAAAUUUAUUGUCUAUGAUAAUUUUGAUAUUGAGAAAGAUAUAUAUACCAAUUUACAAAAUAUAAGUGAAAAAAGCGAAGAUAAAUUUAGAAACUCCGCAGGUUGUAUAGAGUUGAUUUAUGAUUCAUUAUAUAGGUUUAUUGGAAGGCUAAUGGGUAUAUCUAUUAGAACUCAAAUUCCAUUAAACUUGGACAUACCAAAAAUUAUCUGGAAAAUAAUAUUGGGGGAGAGUAUAUCCUUACGUGACUUGAAGCAAAUUGAUUGGUACUCAGUAAGAUUUUAUGAAAAGUUAAAACAAAUAGAAUAUGAUUGGGAAAAAGCCAAUUUUGAUGAUAAAAGUAACAAUAAAUUGAUACUGGAAGAGUUUUAUUCCCUUGACUUGUGCUGGUCUUGUUUAAAUAUUAAUGGUGAAGUCGUAGAGUUAAAAUUGGGUGGAGAAAGAUUACCUGUAGGAAUUGAUGAAAUUGGAGAAUAUUGUAGAUUAUUCAAAGAAUAUAAACUUGAGAGGGAGUUUUUACAUGCAACAAAUUGCAUUAGGAAAGGAAUUACGGAAAUCAUUCCCGAAAAUGUUUUAGAAUUGCAAACUCAUGAAGAACUAGAAAAAUUGGUUUGUGGAAAUCCCUCCAUAGAUGUUGAAUUAUUGAAGCAACAUACAAAGUAUACUGGGUAUUCUUCAAGUGAUCAAAUUAUUAGUUGGUUUUGGGAUAUAAUAUCAGAGAUGUCUGUAUUACAACAACAAAUGUUCCUUAGGUUUGUAUGGGGAAGAAGCAGGCUUCCAAGUAAAGGGGCUCAAUGGGAAAAUAAUAUGGAAAUCGUCAAAGUAUACGCUUUCGAGAACUCAAUUUAUGUUAAUGAAACCAAUAUCGUUGAAAGUAACCGAAUUUUAGAACAAAACGAAUCAGGGAGUAGUGAUGGUAUUCGCAGAAACUCAGCAAAUUCACGUUCUGAAGAGUUUAAUGGUAUAGAAUGUGGAUUAGAAAGUAAUGAUAAUGAGCAAUUGGGCAUCGAACUAGUUAAUCAAACAUAUCUAAACGAACAGUCAACUUUGAAUAUCGAAUCUGGAAAUAGAGUUUUUUACGGAAACAGAGAAGAUCAUUUACUUCCUACUAGCCACACAUGUUUUUUCCAGUUAGAAUUACCUAUGUAUUCAUCUAAAGAAAUACUUAAGGAAAGACUAUUUUAUGCGAUUACUGAAGGAAUUGCGAUUGAUAUCGACAAUAUAGAAUCUGAUACUAUUCGGGAAUAA